AUGUACCAUUUGGUAGCUGGACUGUACAAUGAACUUACACGCAAACCUACUUACAAUAUUCUGCUGAUUGGGUUCAACCAAUCCGGCAAGACAUGGCUUCUCGAGCAGCUCAGGCACACGUAUCUCAAGGGACGUGCACCAUCGGACCGCAUCGCUUCCACUGUCGGACAAAACGUGCUGGAUUUACCAUAUCAGAAAAGUGUGCUGCAUUUUUGGGACUUGGGUGGUGCUCCAUCGAUGCGUGAGCUUUGGCAGCAAUAUUUGCCAGAUGCACACACCAUUGUGUGGGUCUUGGACGGAAAGCAGUGGGCUCUUGAUACACCUGUGCAACAAGAGACGGCAACGUCAUAUCAGACUGCGGUGCUUGACCAAUUGUUUCCUAUUGCAAUGGACGCUGCCCUACGUGGCCAAACAGUUCUUGUGCUUGUGAACAAAAUGGAUGCCAUGGACCCACAGGAUGUGUGUGAGGAUAUGCGUCCACCGCAUGUACUUGAACAUGUUGAAGCGACAGUGUUGAAGCAUUGGGCGCGCUUUAUGGAUAGCCACGCGUCGAAAGACAUCAUAACGCCUCAUUGGUCGUUUCAUGGUGUGAGUGCUGUGACUGGGUAUGUACAGAGACUUGCAUCGUCCGAACAAGCACUGACAAACAUAUUCCAGCGAGGGCCUCGCCGAUGUGCUUGCGGCCAUGUUGGCGACAGCCAAAGCCUGUAA